AGCAGGUCUAGUUGGUCUAAUCUGCUGCAGUUCUAGUCUGUCUCGACAAGUAUCGAUAGCCUCCUUAUUUGCAUUCUUGCCACAUAUCGAAGCUAUUCUAUCAUGUCAUCCGCUGUUCAACUCAAACUCCUCACCCUCCUCAACGUCUCGGCCAUCAAGCGCCCUUUCGACCUGGACGUCCCAGGCGGCCAUCGAUCUUCCCCGACCUUGUCCCGUGAGACCAGUCUUACGCCCCAACAACCUCCUCAACCUUCAACUAUCGAAGCGAACGGAAGCUCGUCUUCGUCUUCAAGAGGAGCUGAUGGGGAACCACCAAAGAAGAAGAAGAAGGGGGUCAUCUUUGGGGGUGUGAUCGGGCCUAGCGGGAGCACGAUCAAGGACGGUGAAGCCAGCAAGUCCGGGAAGAAGAGCAAGAAGAACAAAAAGUCUGAAAAGGCUGUCGAGGUCGACGCCGAGGCUCCUACCGCUUCAGCUUCUGCCGAAGCAUCUACCUCCGCAUUCGCCUUGGAGCCCGAAUCCGACUCUUCCUCCGACGAGGCCGAAACGACCACCUCCAAAUCCACUACGACCACGUCAUCAACAUCAGACGCAUUCACAUCCCACUUCUCGAUCAACCCUCCUAUCCUCACCGAACCUACGCGGGAAGCUGCCGAGGCGCACGAAUGGACGAGCCGACGGAGAGUCUUGGGCGGGUUAGGGAGGGUCGUCGAGUGUCUGCCGAAAGGUUUCGCCGAGGAUGUAGAGGGAGAGAGUUCGGGGAGUAGCAGAAUAACUCCCUCUCUCCUCCCUACCUACAAAUCCAACUCCCCAAACCCGACCGACCUAGAGAACGCUGCGCUCCGAACGAUGGGUGGGUACAAGGAUAUGUACUUGCAUGGAAUGGAGAGGGACGAGGAUAUUGAGGGCGUUAGGGGGGCGGCAAUGUUACAUGCUGUGAAUCAUGUUCUGAAGUCCCGUCGAAAGAUCAUCCGUAACAACGAAAAACUCGCCCACGCUCAAUCCAACUCGACCCCCCUCCCCGCCUCUUUCGACCCGCGUGACCAAUCAUUCACCCGACCCAAGGUCCUCCUCCUCCUCCCCUUCCGUUCCUGGGCCCUACACUACCUCGUCGACCACCUCUUCCCCCUCGCCCCGAAAGAAAACCAGAUCGAAAACCUCCGUCCGUUCGUCUCUUCAUUCUCUCUGCCAGAGGGGGUGGAAGACCCGUUGUUGGACGGGGAGAAAGGGAAGAGUUACCCUAGGGACCACGUCAAGACCUUUUCAGGUAACUCGGACGACAACUUCAGGUUCGGGAUCAAGUUUACCAGGAAAGCAUGGAGGGUCGUCCUUCCUCCUUGUGGGGAGGAUAAAUUGAUCGGGUGUGAUAUUAUCGUGGCUUCGCCGUUGGCUUUGAGGAUGGCGAGUGAUAAAGAGGGCGGGGUGGAUAGUCUGAGUAGUAUCGAGGUCGUCGUGGCGGACGGGCUGGAUGUGAUGGCUAUGCAGAAUUGGGAGCAUGUGCAGUUCGUCUUCCAGAACAUGAACAAGAUCCCGAACAAUCCGCACGGAUGUGAUUUCUCCCGUGUCAAGCCGUGGUACCUCGACAACCAAGCCAAAUUCCUCCGCCAAUCCAUCCUCAUCUCGCGGUACGAUACCCCGGAGUUCCGAUCUCUCUUCAACAAAUCGCUCCUCAACGUCCAGGGCAAGAUCCGUGUAGAACGCACAGACUUUGACGGCGUCCUCGGGCACGUCCGCAAGGGGGUCAAACAAGUCUUCACCCGUCUUCGCGGGGAAGACGCCUUGGAAGAGCUGGAGAUCAGGUUCAAGCUGUUCACCGAGACGACAUUACCGGCGUUAAUGAAAUCGGCAGUGUCCAGCUCGAACACGUUGAUCGUCGUCCCUUCGUACUUCGACUUCGUACGGGUGACGGGUCAUAUGCGAAAGAUGGACAAGAUCUCGUUUGCCGCCAUUUCCGAAUACUCGUCUAACCAGGAGAUCUCGGCUGCGAGGACCGGGUUCUUCAAGGGGAAGAAAUCGUUCUUGGUCAUUACCGAGCGAUUCCACUUCUACCGAAGGUACCGACUGAGAGGAGCCAAGACCAUCGUCUUCUACGCCCUACCCGAACAUGCCGAUUUCUACGCCGAGUUCAUGGCCUCGCCCUUCUUGCCCUCGGCCACGGGCAAGCAGACGAUCGAUAUCGACGAAGCUGAGGUGACGAGCCGGGUGGCCUAUUCGAAGUUUGAUUACUUGAAACUCGAGCGGAUUGUGGGGACGGAAAAUGCCAAGCGCAUGAUCACGGAUGAUGAGAGCAAGUUUACUUUUGUGUAGAUGAUUUUGAGUCCAUUGUAUAUCAGGUCAGACGCUCGCGCUCAUGUUUACAUCUCGCAUUAUCACAUCGAAUCCCGAGGUCGACGAGACGUCUGUCACUAAAGGCUAGGCGAUUGGAAGGUUGGUUCCAGACGCUACUCCUUCACGGCCACAGAGGCGGUUUACUUGCGGCCAUCCUUGAGUAUAGUGGCCCGUCUCGUCAGGUUUCACUGCAAUCGCAAAUGGAUGUCAGCACGAUCACUCGAGUU